AUGCGUCAUGUGCAUCGACUAGAAGAAGUUGCUCGAGCCCUUGACCAAGAUGAUGACUACGAUGAUCGAUUAGAUGAUUCCAACCAGCAAACGCUCAACAAAGUGAUGAGCAACCAAAGAGAGCAAUGGGCAGAGGAGAGAGCGAUAAGAGCAGAGGACAAGAGAAAUAAGGAAAAGGGAGCACGAAGACUUCUUGAGGACGCUGCUCAAGUCAACACUGCUCGCUUUAGUGCUGAAAUAAUUGUUUUUUCUCGUUAA